GAAAAUUAAUUAGAAUAUGUAAUGAAAAAAAUUGAUGUAAAGGAAAUGUCUCUUAAAAAUAAAAAGUAAGUAUUAAAAGAACCUUAAAUCUUAUAAAAACUUAAACACCCAAAUAUAAUUAAAUAUAUUGAUUCUUUUAUUGAAUCUCAUUAUUUAUAUAUAAUUAUGGAAUAUGCAGAAGGAGGGGAUCUUUAAAAAGAGAUUACACAAAUUGUAUUUUUAAGAAAAUUAAAUUUGGAAAUAUGCAUACGAUUUAAUAAAAGCAGUUUAAUAUUUGCAUUAAAAAAAUAUAAUUCAUAGAGACAUUAAAACUCUAAAUAUAUUUCUUACAAAAGAUAAUCUAAUAAAAGUAAUUUUUUAUUUUGUCUUUAAAUAAAUUUUAUAUAAACAUAUAAGUUAGGUGAUUUAGGAGUAUCGAAAAUCGUAUAAACAGAAUAAGCUAUAUAGUGUUCAAGAGUAGGAACUCCUUUAUAUUUGUCACCUGAAUAAAUUUAAUAAUAGCCAUAUGAUUAUAAAGUAAUUCUUAUUUGUUAAAUAAUUAUUAUUUUAAACUAUAUUAAAGAUAGAUAUUUGGGCAAUAGGAGUGGCUUUGUAUCAUGUUUCUUGUUUCGAAACUCCUUUUUCUGGGGAUAAUUUGAUUGCUUUAGGUUAUAAUAUUGUUAAUAAUUAACCUAAACCUUUACCUAAUAUAUAUUCAUAAGAAUUAAGUAAUUUUAUUGGAAAAAUAAUUGAAAAAGAUCCUUUGAAAAGGCCAAGUGCAUAAUAACUGGUUGAAUAUUUGGAAAAAAAUGUACAAUUUUUAAAAGACUAAAAUAAAAUUCAGCAUUUAGUUGGAAAAAAUGAUAUAAAAAUAGAGGAAAAUUAAUUAAGUAAUAACGAUUUAAAAAAUAAGGAAAAAUUAGACAAAAGCAUUGAAAAAAAUGACGAAAAAAUCUAACUUAAAAAUGAAAUUUCAAAUUAAUUAAAAAGCCAAAGCGAAAAUAAUAAAAAAAUAAAAAAAAGUUUAUUCAAGUGA